AUGAGUUUUAAACCGAAAAUAAGAGUCGCGCAUGGAAUUCCCCUAAGUGAACGUUGGUUGAACGUACAUUGCGCGUACAUUAUGAAAAGAAUUAAUAAGAACCAAACGUUCAUAGGCGCGACGAAUGAUUUAGAGUAUGAAUUAGCAAGAGUAAGUGCCGAAAUUCAUAAUGUAGACGCUCCAAAAAGAAUGGGUGGAAAAAUGGAACCAAUCUUGGCAAUAACUGGAUUUAAUAAUGCGAGCGAAACAAAAAUAUUUGCAAAAGAAUGCGAAAAAAAUUUCAAAUGGGGCAGAUACGAUAAAUCAUGGCAGAAUAAAGUAAAGCCCAAAAUCGAAAAACUCGUUCCAAACUUUGCUCUGAUUGGAAAAAUGUGGGGCAAAACACCCAAACAUUCACGUGGUCCCAGGGGAGGCUAUGGUCUCGAAUCGGAGGGUAAAAUACCACCACCACCACCCUCAGUCAAAAAGAUGACCUUCACUUCGGGUGUCUUACGUCGUAUUUGGACAGUUCGUGAAACAUUCAGAAAUGAUGAUCCGGAAGCCGAUGAGAAAUUUUAUCAGAAUAGUCACGAAUUUCAAGAUUGGUAUAUGAAAUUGUGCGCAAGAUUGGCGAAAAAACAACGAAAACUUCAUCGACAGGAAUUAAAAAGGGAGUAUUUAAAUACACUGGGAGCUGCACCCAUGCCUUUUCUAACGCUUGGCGAAUAUAAGAUAGAUAAUAAUUCGGAUGAAUUGAUUAGUAACAUGGGUCUAAUCAAUGAGUUUUCAUCAGAACCAUGGAGGAAAGGUAUAAAAUAUGCGGACCGAGAUCAGUUAGAUGAAUGGAGUGAAUUCUAUACCGCAAGUCAUUAUGAUUUGCAGCAAAGGAUUAAUGACUUUGAUAAAAAAUUAAAAGAGCUUAAUAGCCGGCCAACAGCCGCACCCAAUCUUAGCCCUCCGCGUAUAUGGCGUAAAGAAAGAAAUUGGGUAGUGCAUUGGUCACCAAAGAUAAUGAAAAACGAGGAAUUACUCGAGAUAUUGAAAAAAGAUUGGGAUUUCCUCGAGUUACAUAAUAAUAGAAAAUCAUGGAUUCAACAUAAAGAACUGGAAUACGAUUGGCGACCGAGUACUCAGAGGCCACCAAGAUCAAAAGGAAUUCCUGGAUUUUUAGAACCUUUGCGUCAGCCUAAAGAUAUAUUAUCAGUACCACGAAGGAAACUUUGGAGAUAUGUAAGAGGUUAUUCAGGAUCUUCCGCUGUUGGAAACAGUCAAUCAUUUUCUCAUCAAGGACCUCCUCGUGGUUCCGUUCGAAGUCGCCAGGAUAGUGAUUCAGAAGAAGAUGACGAUUAA